AUGCAAUUUCAACAACUUCAAUUGCUACAAGCACAAAUUGCGGCGAAUCAACUCGCUCAACAACAAGCACAACAACAACAUCAACCACAGCACCAGCAACAAAGCAGUUUUAUUGCUCCUCGCUUCCAAGCUUUGGCAGCUCAACAUGAUGACACGGCCGUCUUAGGUCCCAGCGGUCGUCCACAACUCGCCCCGACAUUUACCUUCGGUGCCAAGCAACCCGGUCCUUUGUCGCCGGUCCGGGAUGAUGUGACAUCUCCGUCUCAGCAUCCCGUCACAAUCAACAGAAGCGAGGGUAUCGGGGGUGCAGCUGCUACUGGUCUUGCUGGCCUAGCGGCAAGGGCACAUCGAAGGACAGGCAGCGAGAUCUCGCCGGCCAUGCAGCAACAACUCGAGUUACAAGAACAGAUUGAAGCUUUGCAAGCCAAACAAAAGGCAUUGAUGCAAGAGGAAGCCGGCGCACACGGCUCCUCGCCUCUUCAAGAUCUCAGCAACAACCUUGCCCGUCACAGACGUGUACAAUCCAGCCUGCCCACUGCGAGCUUGCCCGACCAACUUGCCAAUCCAUUUGUGCACCCCGAAUCACCGCCCAGCUCCUACCAAGCGCAGCAAGUCAUUCGCGGGUUUAACGAAAGCCAAUCAUCUCACAAUCGACGUCAUAGCGUCAACGUGUUCAACAAGCCUGCGGGCCACGGCGCUGGGUUCAGCAUUGGCAGUAUAUCCGAUCUCCCUGAGGGUUUACCCAACGGCGCGGGGCAUCAUCGCUCUGGUUCUCGGGGUGGCUUCGAGUCUGGCUCAUGGCGUUCACAAGGAGGAGGAAUCUCAGGAGGUGUAGCCGAUCUCGCGGCUGCUCAAGCUCAACUCCAAUCCCUUGGACAAUUCCGGGCUGCCGCUGGGGGCGGUCAUGCAAAGAUGGCCUCGUUCAGCUUCCCCAAUAUCCUUCCAAACCUAUUGGCGGCAACAACACUGCAGGCGCCAGCGGGGCAGACAAUUUGGCAACAACAACAAGCUUUCCAGUUGCAACUGCAACAAAGUGCUCAAGGUCCACUUCGAAAGUCUCUCUUCGCUCCUUAUCUCCCUCAAACGUCGUUGCCGCCCUUGCUAGCCGCUGGCAAGUUGGUGGUUGGUGUUUUGCGAGUCAACAAGAAGAAUCGAUCCGAUGCUUACGUUGCGACGGAUGUCCUGGACGCCGACAUUUACAUCAGCGGCUCAAGAGACCGGAACCGAGCUUUGGAGGGAGACAUUGUAGCCGUCGAACUUCUUGAUGUCGAUGAAGUGUGGGUCACCAAAAAGGACAAGGAAGACAAGAAACGCAAGAAAGAAGAGAGCGGGUAUUACGAUACGAAACCUCAUAAACGAGUUGAAAAGAAGAAAGAUGAUGUGGAGGUAGAAGGUCAAGGAUUGACUCUGUUCGAAGACGAGGAAGUGACCGACGAAGCCCGACCUGCAUAUGCCGGACACGUCGUAGCUGUCGUCGAACGUAUGCCCGCUCAACUCUUCUCCGGUCAACUAGGGCUUUUACGACCCUCUUCUGUCGCCACGAAGGAGAAACAAGACCUGGAACGUCGCGAAAGAGGCGAAGAGGAGUCCAAAGUUAAACGAGGAAACGAAGCGAAACCAAAGAUCGUUUGGUUCAAACCCACUGACAAACGUGUUCCUCUCAUGGCUAUCCCAACAGAUCAAGCUCCGGCUGACUUUAUGGACAAUCCUGAUGCUUAUGCCGAACGUCUCUUUGUGGCUUGUAUCAAACGUUGGCCGAUCAGUUCUUUACAUCCUUUUGGAACUUUGGUAGAAGAAUUAGGUCCGAUUGGGGAUUGCGAGGUGGAGACUGCCGCAUUGUUGAAAGAUUGUAAUUUCCCGACGGAGGACUUUUCGGAAUCCGCCUUGAAAUGCGUCCCACCGUUGCCUUUUGCUAUUCCGGAGAGGGAUAUAGAGGCAAGGACGGAUUUGAGAGGUGAAAGGGUGUUUACGAUCGAUCCACCGAACGCUAAAGAUUUGGACGAUGCCUUGAGUAUCUCCAGCGAUGCCGAAGGCAAUUAUUUGGUGGGUGUGCAUAUAGCCGACGUGUCGUACUUUGUCAAAACGAAUUCUGCUUUAGAUCGAGAAGCCCGAAGACGAGGUACCACCGUUUACCUCGCUCAACGUGCUGUUCCCAUGUUACCCCCGCAAUUGAGCGAGGGUUUGUGUUCCCUUCGACCAGGAGAAGAGCGAUUGGCUUUCUCUGCCAUGUUCAUCGUCAGUAAAGACGGUGUUGUUUUGGAUAAAUCGUUUGGACGGAGUGUCAUCAACAGAUCUUGCGCUCAGUUAUCGUACUCCGAUGUGCAAAAUGUCAUCACUGGCAGUUUGCUGCCUCCCGACAAGAUUGUCGCCCACAGCACGUCGGCUGUGGAAGAUGAUAUACGGGCUCUCUAUGUACUCUCUGCCAAACUUCGAGAUCGGCGACUAGACAAUGGUGCCAUGCUCGCCAAGAAAAUCAAACUGUCAUUCACCUUGGACGAGGAAGGUCGCCCUAUUGACUGUCGUUCUCAGAAAAAGACAGAUUCGAACAUGCUCGUCGAGGAGUUCAUGCUGUUGGCAAACACGUCAAUCGCACAGGUCAUAGCUAGCGGGUUGCCCGAACAAGCCCUGUUACGUCGACAUGAGCCUCCUAUCGAGAGAAGAUUAGCCGGCUUUGUCAAAAGAGCGGAGAAACUGGGAUACACAUUUGACCCUGCUUCCGCUGGUACGCUACAAAAAUCGUUCGAAGCUGUGGAAGACGAGGACGCGGCAGUAUGUCUGGAAUUGCUGAAGCGGAAGUCGAUGCAACAGGCGAGAUACUUCUGCACCGGUAUGCUGGAUAUUGCCAAAUAUUGGCAUUGGGCCUUGAACAUUCCUCUGUACACUCAUUUCACCUCUCCGAUCCGACGAUAUGCCGAUGUGCUCGUUCAUAGGAUGUUGGAUGCGUGUUUGACAACAAACCCCACCGAUGUGAAAUUCCACAUGGACCGCGAUGCCGUUGCCAAGUGUGCACAGCAAUGCAAUAUGAAGAGGCAAAACGCAAAACUCGCAGAGGACCAGUCUAUACAUCUUUACUUGUGUAUGUUGAUACAUGAUCUUACCGAGAAGUAUGGGCCUGUGGUUCGUGAGGCGCGUGUGUUGGGUGUGUUAGAUGCGGCAUUUGACGUGUUUAUUCCCGAGUUCGGAGUCGAAAAACGGGUUCACGUAGAUAAGAUGCCUCUCGAAAAUACACUCUUCGACGAAGGUCGUGAUGUCUUAUCACUCUAUUGGACAACACAAGAUGUCCUCUCUUACCUCGUCUCUGAAUCAGAUGAUCCUCAUCUGGCUAAAAUUCACGCUCGUCAAAUAUCAAGUUUCAAGGUAAACUCGGACCAUUCUCGCGCUUCCGACGCUGCCAAGUUGCUCGAACCGAGCGAAAGUUUGAUCGUGCGUUCUAGCCAGUAUGCUACAUCGGCUCAUGGAGUUCCAUUGGAGUUUGAUGGGUUGAGAAUCAGUGGAGGUCAUAAGAUACAAGAUGUGAGGAGGUUGAUGAAGAUUCCAGUGAUAGUGACUAGUGAUAUGACCAAGAGUCCACCCGUUUUAGUGGUGUAUGCUUGUGAGUGUUUUUUUUUCAAUUGA